AUGGCAGCCUCUAAGCUCUCAUCAAUCCUCCAAUAUCUCCUCGCAGAGAACCAACACCAACACCUCUCUCACCACAUCGCCCACCAAGACAUCUGGAUCCAACUCGAAACCCUCCAACGACUCCUAUGCAUCCGACCACCGCACCCGCCUCUCCCUGAGAGCAUCCAAUUGGGAAUCGACAAAAUCUCACAAUACCAACAAAGUCACAAACUCCUGACCCCAUCCGAAACAAUUCGCUCGGUCCUAUCUAUCCCAGAUACCCCAACCUCGCUCAGUCUCUGGAAAGGCGACAUAACAGCCCUAACCAACAUCACCGCCAUCGUUAACGCCGCCAAUUCCCAGCUCCUCGGCUGCUUCCAGCCCUCACACCGCUGCAUCGACAAUGUCAUCCAUGCGGCCGCGGGCCCGCGACUUCGCGAGGCUUGCGAUGCGAUCAUGCAGGAACAGGGCGACCCAGAACCCGUGGGUAGUGCGAAAGUUACGCCCGGGUUCAAUCUUCCGGCGGAAUAUGUGUUGCAUACUGUUGGGCCGCAGAUGCGUGGGAAAGAGGGUGAACCGACCGUGGAGCAGAAGGAGCGGUUGGCGAGUUGUUAUAGAUCCUGUUUGGAUGCGAUGGAGGGAUUGCCGCCAUUGGCGGAUGGAAGGAAGGUGAUUGCAUUUUGUUGUAUUUCGACGGGGUUGUUUGCGUUUCCGCCGAGUAAGGCAGUUGAUAUUGCUCUGGAUACGGUGGUGGAGUGGUGUCGGGGGCAUCCGCAGACAACUGUGACGGAUGUGAUAUUCGAUGUAUUUGCUGAGGGUGAUGCUACAAUAUACAGGGAGAAGUUCAGGAACCUGAGGUCUCAGUAUCCGUUUGUUCAAAAGUCUCAGCCGUCCAGUCUGAAAAUCAUCCAUUCUCAGCAUCCAUCUAUUCUCAAAGCGCAACAGUGGAUCAAAGAGGCAGAUACCCUUAUCAUCAGCGCUGGUGCUGGACUGUCCGCAGCCACAGGACUGGACUACACCUCACCAGCCCUGUUCGCAAAAUACUUCCCGGCAUUCCUUCCCCUCGGUUUGAAACGCUUAUACGACGUCUUCGGGUUUCAGGAAUGGAUCUCGCCGGCGCAGAAAUGGGGAUACUAUUUCAAUCAUCUAAACAUGGUGACGACUUGGCCGGCGUCGCUGAUGUAUUCCGCAUUGCGACAAUUUACACAACGCUUCGAAUCGCGCUACUUUAUCCGCACCUCCAACGCGGACGGUUUCUUCGCUGCCAAUGGAUUUGACGAGAACCGGAUUACCACGCCGCAGGGGCAAUAUCGAUAUCUACAGUGCUUCGCAAAAUGCCGCCGGGAUGCCGUGUUUCUUUCUGAGCCCUUCCUGACAGCCGCUUUGCCCUUCCUCGAUCCCGAGACCCAAUGCCUAACCGACACCUCGAAGAUACCCAGAUGUGAGUAUUGCGGAGGCGAGUUAACCAUCUGCGUCCGCGGAGGAGACUAUUUCAAUCCCGUUCGGUUUCUGGCGCAAGAAAAGCGCUAUAAGGCAUUCAUUGAGGAUACAGCGCGGUUAUCGAACACUGUUAUACUGGAGUUGGGAGCAGGUAUGAACACACCGAUUGUGCUGCGGUGGCAUGAUGAGGACCUCGUUCGUGAAUCAAAGGGAAAUGUCCGAAUGAUAAGAGCUGGAAUCGGUGCUGCUGGAUAUGCGCCGUGGGAUAUGCAAGAGAGAGAUGAAGCUGUUGGGAUUGAGGGAGGAUUGGAUCAUUUGUUAGACGUGUUGAUAGAUUCGCCAAGUUUUCGGCCAUGA